AUGGAUUCGGAAAGUCAAAAGAAGUAUAAUGAUUUCAUAGACACAUAUGAGAGACUGUAUCACUUAAACUCUUCGGAAUCACAUAAUGAAAUACUAAAUUCAAUGAUAGAUUGCUUAGUUAACAAGUAUAAUAUUUCAAAGUACCUUCUCAUUAAGAGUUUACUCACUGCAAUCAAAUUCAAUUAUAAGUCAAUUGUUCUUUAUUCCAUAAUAUUGAACCAAAUAUUGACAAAAUUUUCAAUUCCAUCAUCUUAUGUUCUUAAUAAUUUCCCAGAUCUAUUAAAUAACAAUGAAUUUGUUGUCACAAUGAAAUUUCCACAAUGGGAUGAAUUCGAUGAUAUAAUUAUGUAUGAUAGAAUUGAAAAAUUCAAAAAUAUUGCAUUAGAAAGAGACAUCGAAAAAUUAAAUAUGACUAUUCCUAACUUUUCAUCUAAUAGUAUCCUUGAAAAUUGCGCUUAUUUUGGAUCAGUUAAUAUCUUUUCUUUUAUUAUAAUGAAUUAUUCACCAACAAUUACUGCUAAAUGUCUUGAAAAUGCUAUUAUUAGUGGAAAUACAGAUAUCAUUAACGAAUGCUUGAAAUAUCAAACAUUAUUUCCAUGUUGCAUAAAUUAUGCUAUUGCUUCACAUAACAACACUUUUCUUCAACAUAUGUUAACACAUGAUUUGAUUGAUGCUAAAGACUUUGAUUAUCAAUUAGUAAUUGAUUCACAAAACUUGAAAUCAGUAUUUCUUUUGUUCGAGAAGGACAAGAAACUUAUUGUUCCAUGGUGUUCAGCUUUUCAACAAACAUAUGAGAUUAUUAAAAAUGGAAAUCUUGAUUUAACGAAAACUGUCGAAGAUAAUAAAACAAUUCUUCAUUUUGCAGCAGAAUUCAAUUGCUUAGAAACAUGUAAGUUCUUAAUAUCAUCAUGCAAGAUUAAUGUUAAUACAUCUAGUUUUACUCAAAGAACUCCUCUUCAUUAUGCAGCUGUUAGAAAUAGUUAUGAAACAUCAGAGUUUCUACUUACAAAAAAAGCGAAUGUCAAUGCCAAAGAUAUUUUUGGAUUUACUCCUUUACAUUUUGCAGCAAGAGAUAGUUCAAAAGAACUUGUGCAACUGUUUAUUUCUCAUGGUGCAAAUGUCGAAAUUAAAAAUGAUUUCGGAUAUGAUGCAUUACUAUAUUCUGUAGAGCAAAAUAAUGAAAAAAUUGCAGAAAUUCUAAUUAAUAAUGGCGCAAAUAUUAAUCAAGAAUAUUAUACACGUGGAACUCCUGCUUUCCAUCAUGCAAAUAAAAAUUAUGAUUGCAAUGUGAACGGAUAUACAGUGCUUCACAAGGCAGCACAGCUAAAUUAUAAAGAUAUAAUGGCUUUUCUACUUUCUCAUGGGGCAAAUAUUAAUGCAGUAACUAGUCUUGGGGAGACUGCUCUUCAUAUUGCAGCAAAAUAUGAUAGCAAAGAUGCAGUAGAACUCCUUAUUUUUCAAGGUAUCGAUGUAUCUGCAAAAAACAAAGAUAAUCAAACUGCAUAUCAGUAUACUAUUCUAUAUAAUAGUAAGCAUAUUGAAAAAAAUUAUUUGUUAUACGCUUAA